AUGGCGUCCGGCUACGGCUACAGCGGUGGACCCGGCCGCUGCUUCCCCUUCUGGCAGGAAGUCCUCGCAUGCUAUGUCGUCAACUCCACUCCGGAAGACCGAUCCGGCGCCCAGAAGUGCGGCCUAGCUUUGGAAGACUACUACGAAUGCCUCCACCACAAGAAAGAGGCUGCCCGCGUACGUGCGCUACAAGACGCCUACCGAAAGGCUGAAGCGGCGAGCCCUCGAGACAACGCGCCAACGGCUGGCGAAAUACGCAGCCUGGGUCUAAUAGGAAGAGAUGAAGUGUCGAAAAAGGUGUUGGAGUCAUAA